GUACGUCCUACUUCCCAUCUAUCCUUAAAUCAGCUUGCGGAGAAGCGGAGCAAAGGAUUUUUGGGGAGGAAGCGAUAGAAAUGUCGACAUUUGUCUACCCUUCUCUACUCUACCCUCACCGUCUUCCUCGUCAAGGUCAGAGAAAUUAUAGAAUGGGGAAGUUCCUGGAAACAAACGCUUUUCUCGCUACUUGAAGAUGUUCCUAUUGAUCUUCGUUCAUAUAUUGUUUCCAUAUCUAUUGACGGCACUUCUGCAACAACUAUUAUAAUUGACAGGCUGACUGGUUACUCUGGCUUCUUCAUGGAAAACUUGGCGUAACUGACUAUAACAAUGCUUUAAAGGUUGGAUAUGAUCCGGAGGCUGACUCCUAUCCUAAUUGGUUGCUCUCUCAACCAUUUUCAGUACUAUUACCUUCUGUCAAAGCACCAGGAACCCCUAUUGGUUGUUUAAAAGAGGACAUCAGAUUGCAAUUCGAGUGAUAGAUGGAGCGUGGUGCCCGGAAGUACGAGCACCGAGUGUCGGCUUUAGGAGUGCCAAGGGGACAGAGACCUAUACGACGCUGUUCACGGAUCAUGGAUGACAAUGGGCGACAUGAUGAUAGUCACACUGCUUCUGAUGGUACUUCGCCUUCUCCUGUUAGACUACGAGAUAUAGGAUUUGAUUCGCACUGUACCAAGGCCCCUUGGUCUUCUCACAGGCGUUCAGGUUCUCGACACGCUAAGCCUUCCCGUGCUUCUAUAGAUCAGACAACUAGCCCUAUGCUAGAGCACUUUCUGGCCCCUAAGGAAGUGUCAGUGGGCCCCCGAAUGUCCAUGGAUGUACCAUUCCUUUUCAGAGGGUCCAGAGGGGAUAUCCAUGGUCCCAAGAUGUCAGAUUUCACCCGAUAUGGUGCACCAGAUCCCUUUACAGAGUUCAAUUUUCAGGUGGACCCGUAUGGGUCUUUAUGGCCUAAAGAGACAUCUGGAGCUAGGUCGUUCUGGCCUGGUGAGUCAUCAGGAGCUGGUUUAGCUUCACCUGUAGAGCCUCUCGACGUGCUGUCAUACACACCAAAAGUCCUGGACUUAGCACUAGUGGCUGCAACAUUCUACCUAGAGGCUCGUCCUACUGACUUUGCUUGCUCCUCUUCAGGUUUUUCCAAAAAUUGCGUUGUCUGCACUGGAACAACCGAUAGCAUAGCAGCUUUUCUUGCAGCACGUGUUACCCAACCAGGAAAAGCUGUUACAUCACUUGGUUCAACUCUGGCCAUAAAGCUCUUAAGCACCUCCUCUGUUGAAGAUUCAAGAUAUGGUGUGUAUAGUCAUCGCUUCGAUGAUAAGUGGCUAGUAGGCGGUGCCUCGAAUACUGGAGGAUCUGUUCUUAAGCAAAUUUUUACAGACAGGCAGUUGGAAUUCCUGAGCAAGGAAAUUAAUCCCUUGGUGGCUUCUUCUCUGGAUUACUAUCCUUUACCAUCAAAGGGGGAACGGUUUCCUAUUGCAGACCCAGACAUGAUGCCCAGAUUGAAUCCACGACCUCAAAGUGAUGCAGAAUACUUACACGGGCUUUUUGAAUCCAUUGCUAGAAUAGAGGCAAAGGGCUACAGACUACUCAAGGAGCUUGGGGCCACUGAAGUGGAGGAAGUGUUCACAGCAGGUGGAGGAGCAAAGAAUGAGCAGUGGAGAAAAAUUAGGGAGCGACUCCUGGGCUUGCCAGUGCGCCGUGCAUUGCAAACUGAAGCUUCAUAUGGUGUUGCACUUCUUGCAUUAAAGGGUGCCGGCCAAAAAAUCUGAACAUCCAGCGAAACUGUAAGCAUAUUGAUAUAAUUUUGAUUGAAUAAUGAAAAGAAAUGAUCCUUAAGAUUUCUUUUUGUUUUUGUUAAUGAUUUGUUGAAUAAUAUGGUGGUAUAGUUGCCGUUGAACUUGUUUGAAUUAUUAUUUCUGACAUUCUCUGAACAUGACAUGUAGGCCAAAAUAAGAGGUGACUUGUAUAUUUUGGUGGUAAUAAAAUAGUCCUUUUUCAGUUAAAAUCAA